AUGCCCGCGGCUGAUAACAAGUUCGGCAUCGAGGUCGAUAGCGAGAACAAGGCGAUGUCCUUGAACAUCUUCUCGUUCAACCGACCCCACCACUUGUCUUUCCAUUGCUCGUGGAUCGCAUUCUUCGUCUCCUUCAUCUCCACCUUCGCUGCGGCGCCGAUGAUUCCGGUGAUCCGUGAAGAUUUGAACUUGAACAAGGCGCAGCUCGGUAACGCCGGUCUCGCCGCGGUCACCGGUGUGAUUCUGUGCCGCGUCAUGAUGGGCUCGGUGUGCGACAUCAUCGGACCGCGCCUUGGCAUGGCCUUCAUCCUCAUGUUCUCUGCACCGUUCUGCUUCGCCAUGUCCAUGGUCGAAACUUUCGAGGGAUUCUUGAUCUGCCGUCUGGGCAUCGGUCUCGGCCUCGCCACGUUCGUGUGCACCCAGUUCUGGAUGUCCAACAUGUUCAACCGCAAGUGCGUCGGUCUUGCCAAUGCCACCUCCGCUGGCUGGGGUAACUUGGGCGGCGGCGUCACCCAGUUCCUUAUGCCGGGCAUCUACGCCAUCUGCUUCGCUGGCUGCAGUAAGAAGGCUUUCCUCGCUUGGCGAUGGGCCUACAUUGUCCCGGGUCUCGCUCACGUCCUCACCGCCUUCCUGACCUUGGCGUACGGGCAAGACAUGCCGGACGGCAACUAUAAGCUCCUCACCACCUCUGGUGCCAUGGAGAAGAAGAAUGCGCUCAUGGUCAACUUGCUCGGCAUGAAGAACUACCGUAUGUGGGCCAUGGUCCUCACCUACGGUGCGUGCUUCGGCGUUGAACUCACGAUGAACAACAUCGUCGCCGGUUACUUGUUCGAUCAAUUCGGUGUCUCCCUCCAAGUCGCCGGUGUCUUGGCUUCGUGCUAUGGUCUGAUGAACAUCUUCGCCCGCUCCGUCGGCGGUAUUGUUUCAGAUUGGUCUUCCGAAAAGUUCGGCAUGCGUGGACGUCUUUGGACGUUGUGGAUCAUGCAAACCCUCGAAGGUGUCCUUUGCAUCUUCAUGGGUCUCUCAAAGAACAACCUCGGCGCCACCAUCGCUUUCAUGGUCGCCUUCUCCAUCUGCGUCCAAGCCUCCGAAGGCGCCUCCUACGGUAUUGUACCCUUCAUCUCCCGCCGUGCACUCGGCGUCGUCUCUGGUUUCAUCGGUGCCGGUGGUAACGCCGGUUCUACGAUCGUCACCGCCUUGUUCUUCACCAAGGACUCCAUCGAAACCCAUGAAGGUCUUGUCUACCUCGGCUACUACGUAAUCGCGGUGACGGCUCUGGUCAUCCCGAUUCACUUCCCGAUGUGGGGCUCCAUGCUCUUCCCGGCCUCGAAGGACGCCACAGAAGAAGAUUACUACAUGAGCGAGUUCUCUCCGGAGGAAGUUAAGGCUGGCGUCGCCGCACCUGUCCAAAAGUUCUGCGAGAACGCUCGCGCUGAGCGACCGAAGUGGAAGCGCGCGGAAACCGCUGUCUCUCCAUAA